AUGUCUGUUGAACCUUCUGGGGAAACGUCACAAAUGAAGAUGUCUGUUGAACCUUCUAAGGAAAUGUCACAAUUGAAGAUGUCUGCUGGUCCUUCCAUGGAAACAUCAGCAAUAGAAAUGUCUGCUGAACCCGAACCUCCCAAUGAAAAAUUACAAUCAGAAAUGUCUAUUGAACCUAUGAAAAUAUCAUUACCAGAAAAUUCUAGUGAACUUGAACCUCCUAUGGAAACAUCACAAUCAGAAAUGUUUACUACAGAACCUGAGCCUCAUAUGGAAGUAUUAUCAUCAGAAAUGUCCACGGAAAAAUUGCCACAUCAGAUAAUGACUACCUCCGAACGUUCAGAAUCGUUACCAUCAAAUUUGGCUGUCGAACUUUCGGAUAGUGAAAAAUUGUCAAUCUAUCCAAACAUCGAACAAUCGACUUCGACAAGCGUCGAAAACAUGAAUUUCGGAACGCUUCAGAUACCUUCUUCGGUGUUGCCCAAACCAACCAUACAAGUUAUGAUAGAGAGAGCGUGCAACCCUCAACUAAGAGAACCUGAUUUGGCGCUAGACUUGGAGAUCGCGGAUUUAAUUAAUCAAAAAAAGCAAAAUUACCCGCGCGAUGCUGCAUUUCAUAUCGUAAAGCUUGUAAAUCAUCGCAACCCAACUGUUGGCUUAUCGGCAUUGACGCUUUUAGAUAUUUGUGUCAAAAACUGUGGUUAUCCAUUUCAUUUGCAGAUAGCUACCACGGAAUUUUUAAAUGAACUCGUAAAGAGUUUCCCCGAGAAGCCACCAGCAAUCCCUAAUCCAAUACAAUUGAGAAUAUUGGAAUUUAUUCUCGAGUGGAAAUCUACUAUUUGUGCGACUUCGCGUCACAAGGAUGAUUUACAUCAUAUUGAUGAUAUGUAUCGACUGCUUCUUUAUAAAGGGUACAUGUUCCCUGAACUGGAUGGUCAAUCAGCGGCGGUCCUGCAUCCAACAGAGACGUUGAAAUCUCCCGAUGAAUUGGAAGAAGAGGACCGUGCUGCGCAAGCAGCGAAACUACAAGAAUUGAUCCGUAGAGGUACGCCUGCGGAUCUAGAAGAAGCGAAUGAACUUAUGAAAGUUAUGGCUGGCUAUGAUCCGGAACAAAAACCAGAUUAUAAAAAGCAGGUUAAUGAAGAAUUGGAGCGUGUUCAAAGGAAAACAAUCCUCUUAAAAGAAAUGCUAAACAAUGUUAAACCUGGUGAAAAUAUUGGAAAUGGUGAUGUAUUUGAGGAUUUGGUGCAAUCUUGUAAAGUCGUUCAACCCAAAAUUCAGAAAUUUAUUUCUGAAGAAGAUGAUUCGGAAAGCAUUGAACGUUUAUUGAAUCUAAACGACUUGAUCAAUACGGUGCUGAAGAAGUACGAAGACAUCUCAAAUGGAAUAUUUAAAGAAACAGAACUAUCGCCUCCACCGCCACCACCAUCAACGAAUAGUGCGUCGGAAUCCUGGUUAAUUGAUUUGGGAGAUGACGAACAACCACAAGGACAAGGACAAAUUAAAAUUUCCGACGAUUUAAUUGGCAUUACGAGUGUUCCCAACAAUGAACAAGGGAAAAAGGGACCGGUAAUAGAUGAUUUACUCGGGUUAUCGUUUAAUUAA